AUGCCGACAGUGAAUGAGAUUCAGCCCCGCUCGUCAGGAUCGACACUUUAUAUCGUGCGCAAUGUACAGGGCCGGCAAUGUCUUGCCCCGCAAUCGCAGCCUGACAACUUGAGCUUUACGUUUCUUGUGAAACUGGACCCGAAAAGUGGCCAGGAAUUUUAUGUUAAUGUCACGACAAAGGCAAAGUCGUGGGAUCUUCCCGACAUUGAUGCGGAGCGUGCAGCUGACCCAUCGCAUAAGGAUGGCAGUGAAUUAUCGCCGCCGUUACAGACGGUGGAGGUCUUUGGCACAACUUACGAAUUGACGCAGUGUGACGGUGAUGAGCGAUACGUUCCGAAGCGGCUGCCGUUUGAACCUUUACCGAUUCAUUGCUGGCGGCCGGUUCGGGACGCCUCGGCGGGUCGUUUUUUGUACGAAAACUGCGAGACGGCUGAGCGAGUCACAAAAUUGCCGCCCAUUGAGUACUACUGCGAUGCUGUGAGGCAAAUUUACGAGUUUUAUGGCAUUGAAGGGUCCUACGUUGACGCUAUUCGUCGUUGUUUUGGCAAUGAGAAUUGGCUGGUUGAAUCGCUUUCGAUUCAGUAUGGGCCAAGACCGCUUCGAAGCGAUGAGGUCAUGGAGCUGGCAGAGUGCUACUUUCAACGGCAUGACAAGUCAAUGCUGGGUGAGAUGGAUAGCCUUUUGGGGCAGUGGAGUGGGAACGAAAUUGGGUUUGUUGAUGCACUUUACAAAGAAUACGGUGAACGCCCACGCACCACACGUGAACGUGUUCGUGCAGUAUACGCCCAGUAUUGCCCUUCCAUGAUUUUUUAUUGUGAUGAGCAGGUGGAUCAAUACAAGGAACGUGAUGAUGAACUUAUUGAUGCAUUGGAAAUUAAAUUUGGGCCUGAGAUGAUCAAGGGGGAGGAGCCCUUGGAAACCAUAAUGCAACGUGUGCGGUGUCAGUUUCUCAAGUAUGACCCUGAACGUGUCGCUGAUAUUGAAAAUAUUCUGGCGAAGCACAAAGGGGCUGAGGUGCAGUUACUUGAGCUCCUCGUUUGCCACUAUGGCCCCGAGGUGAGCCCCGAGGAGAGGGAGAAGCUCCUCAAGGAUCAGCUGCAAACGGCGUGGAAUGAGGCGGACUAUGCGUGUGGAGACAGUUGGGAAGAAGCUUCCAACGAACAGCCUGUAAAAGAAACAGCUGCGGCAAAAAAUGGGGAGCCGACACCGACCAGCAAAGAGACGGGUGCGUGGAAUUGCAAUUCCGACGAAGCCAAUCUGGGGAAUUACAACGAAGAGGAAUUGAAUGAUUGUUCGGCAUCGGUGAAGCUGUUUUCGGAGGAAUGGGCCCCAGCAAUAUCACGCGUAGUCACGCAGGCCAACAGCGUUGCGAUGGAAUUACAGGAAAGCGUUGAGCCCGACAUGUCAAGGCGAUCUUCACCCACAGCCGCAGUGUAUGCCUCAUCUAUGUCUAUGAGGGAAGCCAAUGACACUAUGAAAAGUUUGCGUCUUGCGUCUUCUGCGGCACGGGGAUCCAGUUCCAUCGUAUCGUCCUCAUUCCCGAAUGCAGACUCGGCGUGGAGGAAGCACACGGAGAUCCUGGAGAAUGAGCGAAGGUUGCGUGAGCAGGAGUUCCAAAAACAGCAGCAAUGCAUUCUUUUUGAAGAGGAAAAGCAAGCAAGGGAGUUUGAGGCACAUCAGCGCCUUCUUGCAAUUGAGAGGGAACGGCGUUCUCAAGAGGAGGCGAAGAGAAUUAUGGAGGUUGCACAGGACGCUGCAAUGCAUGCAGUAAAGGAAUUGACGCGGCUACAGCAACUUCGAGAUGAUGAGUAUGGGUGCGAUGAGCGUUCCGGGGAUGUUUCACGCCAACAAGAACAUCGUCAAGCAAUCGAGGCCUUGGCUUCCGCCAAUGAGGCUCUCAUGGGGCAGCUUUCUCACACGGAGGCACAACUACGGGACGCCCUGGCGUCUCUAGAGAGUUACUCUGAGCGAAAUGAAAGGCUUCGAGCUGAAAAUUUAAGUGUGGCAACAAACUUUGCAGAAAUGCAGCGUCAAUAUGAGUUGGAGCUACAGGGAAUGCGUAUUUACCUUGACGACACACGUGUGCGGCUCGCCAAGAAGAUAAGCGAGCAGGAGGUAAAAAUGCUUCACCUCAAGAAAGAAGAGGAAACAACCACCACCAACUUGCUCCGGGAGCUUGAAAUUGAGCGUAACAAUGCUGCCAAGGCAAAGGAUGCCUGGGAGCUUGAGAAAACAGAACUUCGAACAAACAUUGCCGGUUUGAAGCAACAGGUGAAAACAAUAGUGGAAGAGCGAGAGCAUAUGAAGGCUAAACUCAACUCUCGCGAUAUCGUUCUCAGUGAGCGCACGAAAGAAAUAGAGGAACUCUAUGAUGCUAUGAAGCGUCAGAGGCUAGAAAGAAUAGAAGUGGCAAGCCAAACGGAAGAAUUUGACUUGAGCGUUGUGUUGACAGAAGUGCGCGCCUCUGAGGAGCCAUCCCAUACUUUGAAUGCUCUGACAUCCCUUUCCACACGCCUCAAUUCUUCGGUCAAUGUUUCUCCGGAGGCGAAUGACUUGCAGAAGGCCUAUAAGAGAAGCCAGCAGACCGUGUUGGAGUUGCUGGCAGUGAAUAAAAAAAUGAAGACAGAAUCCGAGAAGGCCCGUGAGUUCAUUGGAAUUUUGCGGCAGAGGGUGAGGUCGCUAGAAGCCACUGUCGAGAAACUUGAACUGAGGCAGUUGGCGGUGCCUGAUAUUCCAGUGUGCGCUACAGAGCAGGAUGUUGUCGUGGUGAAUCUCAAGGAGGAUCUACUGAAGGUGGGAAGCCGUCUUCUUGAGGCUGAUGCGGAGUCAACGCGGCUUAAGCGUGAGAUAAGGGAUUUAAGAAGUCUUCUUUCUCUUUACAUGUCUAACACGAAGAAGUUGUAA